AUGACGUCGGCUGCGGUAGCAUGGGGCAGAUGCGGAGGUUGCGGGCGCUGCGAGUACAACUCAGCGCUGGUGGCGCGCGACCGCAGAUGCGCCUGCGGUCGGCAGAGCAAGCUCUACGUGCCGAAGGGCAACAGCGACCGGGACAACCGGGCCAAACCCCUCGCGGACGCCACCUCGAAGAACGGGAAGUCCAAGGGAGUUGGGCAGUCCAGGGGGGGAGGCGGCAGCGCUAGCCAGGCCAGUGCUGGCCAGGCGGCGAGCCCCUCACGCGCGCAGUUGUUCGAGCAGACGAUUUCCACCACCUCCGACCCCCUCCUGCUGAAGCUGCUGCAGGAUACGGUCAACAAGGUGAAGGCGGCCAGCCAACCCACCCAGAGCCCCGAGGAGGCGCUCAGGCUGGCCUCGGGCGCAUGGCGCGAUGGCGCCCUGCGCCGCGACCAGGCGGUCCAUGCGGUGGUCAAGGCGCAGGAGAAUCUCGCCAAGGCCCAGCAGCGCGAGCGGGAAGCUGCGCUCACCCUUGCGAGGGCGGAGCAGGCCAGGACGCUCGCGGCGCAGGGCCUCGCCUCAGACAUGGGCAUCGCUGCCGAGGAGAAGGAGGUGCUGUUCCAGGUGAAGAUCGACGAGGAGUUCUUCGCAUCGCUCGACAGCCUGGACAUCGAACAGCAGGACAGAGAGGCGCUGCAGAAGCUCGAGCAGGAGCUCAGGAACGCGCAGGUCACCAUGGAGGGCAAGCAUUCAGAGGUCCAGCAGUGGCAGGCGCGGAUGGCGGAGCCCCGCCAGAAGGCCAAUGUGGCCGAGCCAGCGGCGGCGCCGCCGCCGGCAGGCAGCGGCGCCAGCAGCGCGGCCGCAGCGGCAGCAGCGCCACCGACAGCAGGUGCCGCUGGCGGCGGCUCGGGGCUCACCGAGGAGGCAAAGCUGCAGCGGGCGGCGGAACGCCUCAGCGAGUCCAAGCUGGCGGCAGCGAUGGCAGCGCAGGCGGCGAAGGUGGCGGCGGCGGCGGCGAGCGGGGCAUCGGCCGCGCAGGCGGCCGCCCAGACCGACGUGCCCGAGUGA